AUGGAGAGUAGGUUUAAGUGUGUUGUUCAUCAUUCUGGUGAGUUUUCUAGAGAGUUUGCAAAUUUUACCAAGUCAGGUUAUGUAGGGUUAAAAGAGAUAUGGGAUGUUGAUCCUGAUUAUUGGAGUUACUUUGAAAUAUUGGACAAGUUAAGAGAGUUAGGUUAUCCUACUAUAGAUAAGAUUUGGUAUUAUGAUGACAUGAUUGCUAAUGAUAUAGUUCAGUUAGAAAAUGAUAAUGGGACUGAUAGGAUGAGAACAAUUGCAGUGUUAACUAAGGAAUGCCAUUUGUAUGUUACACAUCCUGUAUCUGAACCUGAUGUUAUUGAGGAGCCCAUACUCUCAUUACCAGAUGUGAGCAUAUUGGGUGAAGAUAUGUGCGGUAAAGGGUCUAAUAUGGUUAAUAAUCUAGAUGGGACCAUAAUGGCUGAAGAUGAGGUUGGUGAAGUAUAUGAAAGGAGAAGUAAUGAAGGUGAUACCACACUAGAUGAAGAUGUGGUGGGAGAGGGGACAACAAUUGAUGAAGUUGAGGAGAAUGUUAGAAUUGAAGAUAAUGUUGAGAUUGAAGAGAAUGUUGGGAUUGAAGAGAAUGUUGGGAUUAAAGAGAAUGUUGGAAUUGAAGAAAAUGUGGGUCAUGUGGGGGCCAACUGUGAAACUGAGGAGAAUGUGGGUCUAGAGGAGACAAACUGUAACAAUAUGGAUGAUGUGGGGACCAUCUGUGAAAUUGAGGAGAAUGUGGAUGUAGGGAUGAAUGUUGGAGUACAUGAAAUCAAUGAAGGAAUGAACUGUAACCAAGAACAAGAUGAGGUAGUUAUCUGUAACCAAGGAGAUGUGCCAGAAGAUGGAAGUGAUAACAAUGCUUUGAAUGUUAAUUUUGAAGACUCAGAGAAUGAUAUAGGUAUUAAUGGAGAGAUAGCAGUUGAUGAGGAUGAAGUGAAUACAACAAGUAAGAAGAAAGGAAAAGGCAAGGGGAAAGGUAGUGGAAAAGGUAAAGGGAAGACGAAAAGGAAGGGGAAAGGUCAUUGUUAG